CAACAUAGUGUCAAGAAAUGUCAGUGGACUGAUUUGUAACCACUGAAAAUGUCUGUGAAUUUUAUCCGUAGGCACAAGCCUGCUCUGCUGAACGUAUUGUCCACAGAGGCCACAUAUAUUUUGCAGCAUGUUGAUGCAAUGUGCCUCAUAGACCGCCAAUCUUAUAUUAAUAUUAUGGAUAUACCGAAAGCAAGAGACAAGAUGAUUAAACUACUGGAUAAACUGAUACUCGAUAAAAACUGUGAUGGAUUCCUACAACUACUACAUGAAGAAGAAAUCCAAGAACUUUUACCGGGGCUUAAAGCAAUCAUGAAGAAUCAAGAACUCAGCAGACGAGACAGCAGAGACGGGCAACUGCCAGAUUGCACACAGCCUGGAGCAAGUGGAAGUGUGGUCAAUGGGCAAGACCACCUCUCUACUGGAAGGCCAAGAGAAAGAGCAGUGGAGGUCUCCGGGCCAGUGAUCAGACCAGUUGAAGGGGCAGGGGUCGAUGGUCACAGUGAUUGCCAAGCGUCAACUGGAUCAGGAGGACUGCUUGAGAAAAGGCAGCAUUUAAAUCUGGAAAACUGUUCUUUUGCUAGAAUAGAGGAGUUGGUUUCAAAUCCUGAAAAAGCAGAAACACUGAUGUCUGAACUACAGAACAAACUGAAGGAUGGAGAAAUGGACAGAAUUGAGAGGAAAUUGCGAAGCAAAAAAUGUAUAAAGGAAAACUGGUGUUAUACAACCAUAACCAACAUCAAAAACAACCAAGGACUGAAAGAAUUCCUUGAACCCGGAGAACAAAAGAUAUUUCCUUCAAUUGUUUUCGAUUUGUUUGAAAACAACAGGGGGAAAAAGGAAACGAAAAAUGAAGAAUUGAAUGCACCUGAUGUCUCGUUAGAAGACACUGAGACUAGAGUGGAAAUUCAACCUAAAGAGAGAGUAAAUGACGAUUUGGAACACACUCAUCAAGCCUCAGAGAAUAACUUACAAUUUCCAGCCAAAGAUUCAUACCUAAACAGCAAUGCCCAGGACUCAGAAAACAGUUAUCUGAAAGAAGAGUUCCUCAUCAACUCUGGCCACCAGAGUUACCAAACCAAAAGUGAGCCAUGCAUGAGAAUGCAGACCAUUGAAGCCAAUGGAGAGAAAGAUGAGUUUAAACCCGCUGAGAAGGACCCUUUAUCUGACAGUGGACAUGAAAGUAUUUUUGACACCAUGAACAACAGUUAUGGAACGUUAUCAACAAAGAUGAGCAGCCUUGAGGGAAAGGAAGGGAAGAGGGUGGAAGUAUCUUCUGCUCUUAAAAGGGAUAGAUUGUCUGCUGAGCAUCAAUAUUCAGCUGAUGAGAUACCACCAAAGGUCGCUAAACACAUAGAUGCCACGGAUUGUGACCACGAAGCAAAAAAUAGCACAGAAACUAAUGUUGAUAAGUGCCCCUGCAUAGUUGAAUAUUCACUGAUCAAUCACGCAAAUUCAAUUAUACAUGUUACACAAAAUUCAUAUUUAGCAAACACUGAUGUCAUGUCAAACCAGCAGUCUGAGAACAUUUCCCGCACUUCUGAAUCAGUCUUCCAAACUGAGAACAACUUAGACACAGAUGUGGAAAUGAGUGUAGAAGGAAUCACUGCUAGAAUGGAGCAUCAAUCUGAUGAGAUACAGGUCAGUUUAAAGCAGAUUCAGAGCCGAGAUUCACAGAACAUUCCAGCAAAAAAUACACGUUCAUCUGCCUUAGAUUGUGACAAUUUAGAAAUGGACACCAAUGUUCAAAGAUACAGAGAAGAUUCAGAUGUUUUGCAGGGUACAACAGACAAGUCUUCCAACAUGGAAGCUGAUGGAACAAAUGAUAAAGAAAAUUUUGCUGAUGAACUACCAUCAAAGGUUGAUAAACACAUAGAUGCCCCAAGUUCAGAGCAUGAAACACUUGUUAAUGCAAGCCUAUGUGAGCCAACUAUACCUAAAAAUCAGGGACAUUCUACAGAGACCCCACAGUCAGAUACAGCAGUGGAGCUAGAGCCUAGUCAGAGUAGUCCUACAGAUGCAAUGAAGAGCAGACUAAACAAUGAUGCCAGGGCCUCUGACUAUAGUCAUGUGGAAGAAAAGGCCUUUACAAAUAGUGGGAAUCCGUUUCAAAGUGAACAAAAUAACACUUCAGCAAACCCAGGUAAGCAUGUACAUAGUAGUGAGGAUAAUGAUGGGGAAAGUGAGCAUGAAGCUAUUGAAGAACACUUUUCACCUGAUAGUAGUCAUGAAGAUAACAAUGCCAAUUCCAAGGAUGUAUUGAUAAAGGGGGACAGAUUUGAAUCAAACAAUCUUCAUGCAACCUCAAAAGAAGCACAGACACAAGCUAAUGGAUAUCCUGUGCUUCAAAACAUUGAAACUGAAACUUCCAAAGAUUAUGAUUUAUCUUUAGAGAUGGUUUUUACAGGGACUUCAGACACAGUAGACACAACAACACAUAUGAGAACACAAGCCAUUAAGACAUUGGCUGCAGAGGCUAAGGAUUUUGACCAUGAGGCAAAAAAUACAGAAAUUAAUGUUGAUAAAUGCCCCUCAGUUGAAUGUUCACUGAUUAAUCACACAAUUCCAAUUCCACAUGUUACACAAAGUUCAUAUUCAGCAAACACUGAUGACCUGUCAAACCAGAAUUCUGAGAAAAGUUCCCACACAGCUGUUGUCCACACUUCUGACUCAGUAUUCCAAACUGAGGACAACUUAGACAAAGAUGUGGAAAUUAGUGAAUCUGUUGCUUCAGAAGGUAUCAUUGCUGAAACUAAGCAUCAGCCUGAUGACAUACAUGACAGUUUGAAGCAGAUUCAGAGCCAAUAUUCUCAUAACAUGGCCAUUCCAUCAAAAAAUAGAAGUUUGUCUGCCUCAGAUUGUGACGAUUUAGAAAUUGACACUAAUGUUCAAAGAAACAUAAAGGAUGUUUUGGGGGGUUCAACAGACAAGUCUUCCAAAAUUGAAGUAGAUGGAACAAAUGAUAAAGAAAAUUCAGAGGUGGAUGAUCUUGACCCUUCAUAUAAAUGUUCACACAAUGUUUAUGACUCUGUUGAGCUGGAAGAAUCCAGUGAGAGAGUUCAUUCAGAUCCCAUUCAUAACUCAGAGACCAAAAACAGUCCAAUGGAAAAUGCUCAAAAAAUCCCUUUGUCUCAACCCCCAUCUGUGGAAGGAUCAACUGUUUCAACAGUUAACAAAAAAAGUGUUUUUAAAAAUGAAAAAGACAAACAAAAAGCUAAAAGGCCACACAAAAGGAAAGACCCUAAUUUGGAGAAAGAAUGGAAGAAAGAGCGCCUUGUUAAAUGGUUGGACACUUAUAAAGGAGAAGGGGACACCUUGGAGGAUCUGAAAAAUAGAAUCUCAUGGCAUACUAAACUGGAACAUAAAACAUUUCCUUAUAUCGUGGCAGACCAAUGUACAAUUUUUCAUGUUCCCAAAACAACUGACCGUAAAUUAAUAUUUCUAACCAAUGUAGAUGUAUAUAAAAAGGGUGGUGAACUGAGAAAACCUUGUUAUGAGAAGCUGCAAUAUCAAAUGGGAGUUUCAGGCAUUAGUGAAACAAUUGUGCUCUCUCCAGAGAAUAAAACGAAGACAGUCAGAUAUGAUUUCUCCUUUGAGAAUAUUGCUGAACUCUGUCGUAGGCUUGUGUUUGAAGUCCUUGCCCCAGCAAUUGUAGUCUUCAAAAAGGUUCAGAGAGAGAGGGAAUUAUUCUCAGAUGAUUGAUUAUUAUUUGUUAAUAAAUAUACAGGGAUACACAGAGCUUCAGUAAUGAAGUCAUACCGAUUUAUACCCCACACUAUUCUCAAGAUCAGAGUGCAAGCCAUGGUUCUUUCCAUACAGGGCUAUUCCCAUACAAUGUUACCUGGCCUGCUUGCUAGUGUGCACUGAAAUGCAGUGAUGCAAUUGGUCUUAAAUCAGCCAAAAAAUGCACAUGUAACUCCUUGUUUAGUAACUCUUCAUUGUCUUCCUAUGGAAAUAAAUUCAAUUCCUCACUCUGGCCUAUAGGACACUUACUGGAUUUCCACCAUUUUAAGCUUAUGAUCCAGCUUUAUUAACCCAUUCAACCAUUGUGGUCCUCUGAUUCUUGUCUGCUGUGUCAGAGUUCCAUCAGUACUAAGAGAACACCAUCUAGAUUUUUUGUACUUCCUCGUUUGGAACACUGGAAUGAUUUACCCAGUGUUCAUUCCAGUUUUGGGGUUUUAGGAAGCAUUACUGUGAAAAUGGAGCCCUCUCCUUUUCCCCUACCCACUCUCCUACAAUGGACUACCUUGUGCAACACACAGACUGUGCAACCAUACUCACAUGCACUCACCUUUUACUUACAGUAUAUGUUUGAAGGGUGUCAUUGUAUUGCUGUGUAGGUGUUUAUGUCUUGUGUGUAUCUUUUUAUAUUAUUGGAGAUUUUAACUGUGGGGAUAUUGGUACAGACCAUCUCCCCUCUACAAUGAUUUAGCCCAGCAUCGUAAUUGGGUAAUUGGUGAGCCUAUUUAAAGGCUGGUUUAUUUCAAGAGAGGAGAAACUGGAAAUGCAGGAGACAAUGGAAGGCGCAGGAGACAAUGGAAGGCACAGGAAAGAGCUAGAGAUCCAGGGAAUCAGGAAAGUCUGUAAAUUGAAGUUUAAGACUGUGAAUUGAAGUUUAGAAAGUUGGUCCAGAGUUAUGCAAGGUUGCCUUGUUGUGGAACUUCUCUAGGAUUUUAUGCCUGGACUCCAUUGUCCUUCAUGGAUCUGCCUGUUUUUGGAAAAUGAAUCUAUUUUUGUGGCUGUCUCCUGCCACCUCCUUCCCUCAACACCACCUAAUCCAGUGGCGCACCUCCCUCAACGUGGGGUGGCCGGCCCAGUCCCUCACAAUUACCUAAUUAAUUAUUUUACAGUAAAUGUUUAGGGUUAUUGUUAUGAAGACAUUCUAUUAUUGUCAUGUUAUCAUUUGUCUGUUAUUAUGAAUUUUAAUUUAUGGUCUUUAAAGGGCCGUUCUGUAACUCCAGUCAUUUCUUUGCCAUUUCUCACUUUUGUUAUCACAAUUUUCUCUACGGAGCUCCCCCUACAGCUUUGGGGUGCAUAUUUCACAACCGUCUCUAGUCUUUUCGCUGGCUCUGCCAUGAAAAUUAAGCCAUCUUAUAGCUAGACGGCAAGGCUAACUGGUGCUUGAGGGGGGCGUGUGAAUGUCCAGAGAAUUUUAAGCAUUUUGUGUUUCUCCCUUGUUCUCGCUUCUCACGGGACUUCCUGAUUUAGACACUGCCCGACGCUAGUGCAGAUCUUGCAAGGCUGGUUUUCCUCUAGGAGACAGUAGGGGGAGCAGGGAAAGCCACCAUUCUUGCCACAACAGCACAUUUAACCAUCACAAUGAUUUCUAAACUGUUUUAAGUUGAAAAUGUUACUUUUGUAAGUUCCUUUGGAUAAAGGUGUCUGCAAAGUAACAUAGCCCUACAGGUUUCAAUGUAUGCCUAUGUGCAUGCCAAUAUUCAAAUAGAUAUAGGCCUACAUGCGCGGUGUUCUACUGUUUUUAUUUCGCCUGUUUCUCUAUUAUUAUACCUUACCUUUUAAUGGCCUUUGAAUCCUUUUUCACAUUCUUCUCCUUGUUUUAAUGCAAUGACAUCUCAUUCCUAUGUCAUAUCAUUGUCAUGAAUAAAAUCUUUUGUC